AUGAUUGGGAAGCUCCGUGAGGAGGUCAAUGUGAUAAAGAUGGAGUUCUUGAAAUGGAAAGGAAAUAUGGACUGCUUUGCCGCAGAGAAAGAGGCUGCUCGAACCCAAUUAUCAUUGGAGCUUGAGGCUCGGUUGGCUUCUGAACUUGCCAAUGCUGAAAAGACAAAGGCCAAUGCAGAUGCAUUUGUGGCUGUUUAUCGAGCCGAUGUUAAGGCUGCUCAGUCGCAUAUGAGAGAAGUAGCUGAGACCGCUCGAACUCGAGCACAUUGGAUAGUCGAAUUUGCCAAGUGCCAAUCUCGGAGGGAGACCCUCGAGGAGAUCCAUGCUCAAGGCUUCGAUCUUACUGAAGAGAUAAUAAAGGCAAAAGAGCUUGAAGCUGAUGCUGGGGCCUUGGCCUCCGAUGAUGAUGAUGACGAUGAUGAUGAUGACGAUGACGAUGACGGGAACAAGAGCGGGUCUCAGAGUGGGGAGGAGCCCGAUGGAGAAGAGACUGUCCCGGAGAUAACCAAAAAACUUAGCCCUUAG